CUAAUACGGAGCAUUUGACCUUCCGUCUCUACAGCUGAAUCUCCUGAUACCAGGAUUAGGAAAGAGUAAGCAAAUGGGUGUCACACCUCCGAAGCUCCUCCCUUGGUUCAAGGCUUGCGUGUUUUAAGGGUCCUUGUCGCCUCAGCAGUGGAUUGUUCUUGUGAACUUCAGAACGGUUUUCAUGUGGUGCUUGCUGAACGUUGAGUCACCAUGAGUAGUAAUCUAGGAAAAGAAAAAGACUGUAAAGAGAAGGAUCCAAAAGUCCCAUCGUCAAAAGAAAGGGAAAAGGAGGCCAAGGCCUCUGGAGGAUUUGGGAAGGACAGCAAAGAAAAGGAGCCUAAGACCAAAGGGAAAGAUGCCAAAGAUGGAAAGAAGGACUCCAGCAGCACGCAGCCUGGGGUAGCUUUUUCAGUGGACAAUACGAUAAAAAGACCUAAUCCAGCCACAGGUACCCGCAAAAAAUCCAGCAAUGCUGAAGUGAUCAAAGAGCUAAAUAAAUGCCGGGAAGAGAAUUCUAUGCGCUUGGACUUGUCCAAGAGGUCUAUACACAUGCUUCCAUCAGCUGUCAAAGAGCUAACGCAGUUAACAGAACUUUAUUUAUACAGUAACAAACUGCAGUCCCUACCAGCUGAGGUGGGCUGUCUUGUGAACCUGAUGACACUGGCCCUGAGUGAAAACUCGCUCACCAGUUUGCCUGACUCUCUUGAUAACUUGAAGAAACUGCGCAUGCUUGACCUGCGGCAUAACAAACUUAGAGAAAUCCCUUCGGUGGUGUACAGGCUAAGCUCUCUCGCCACUCUUUACCUACGCUUUAAUCGUAUAACUACUGUGGAAAAGGAUAUCAAAAACUUGUUAAAACUCACCAUGCUUAGCAUACGAGAGAACAAAAUCAAGCAACUACCUGCUGAGAUUGGUGAGUUGUGUAACCUCAUAACGCUGGAUGUAGCGCACAAUCAGCUUGAACACCUUCCAGAAGAGAUUGGAAGCUGCACGCAGAUCACCAACCUUGACUUGCAGCACAAUGAGCUCUUGGACCUGCCAGAAACUAUAGGAAAUCUGUCCAGCCUAAGUCGUCUUGGCCUGAGGUACAAUAGGCUGUCAGCAAUUCCGAAGUCUCUAGCUAAAUGCAGUGAACUCGAUGAACUGAACCUGGAGAACAACAACAUUUCUACUUUACCAGAGGGUCUUUUAUCCAGCCUUGUCAAACUGACUAGUUUAACGCUGGCCAGGAACUGCUUCCAGUCCUAUCCCGUGGGUGGCCCGUCCCAGUUCUCCACAAUCUACUCUCUCAAUAUGGAGCACAACCGCAUCAAUAAAAUCCCCUUUGGAAUUUUCUCUAGAGCUAAAGUGUUAAGUAAGCUGAACAUGAAGGACAAUCAGCUGACCUCUCUCCCCUUGGACUUCGGGACUUGGACUAGUAUGGUAGAACUGAACUUAGCGACUAAUCAGCUCACAAAAAUCCCUGAGGAUGUAUCUGGGCUUGUUUCUCUUGAGGUUCUUAUCUUGUCAAACAAUCUACUAAAGAAACUUCCCCAUGGAAUUGGAAAUCUACGGAAACUCCGAGAGCUAGAUCUAGAGGAAAACAAACUGGAAUCCUUGCCAAAUGAAAUAGCUUACCUCAAGGAUCUGCAGAAAUUGGUUCUGACUAAUAAUCAGUUGACCACCCUUCCCAGAGGUAUCGGUCACCUUACCAAUCUGACGCACCUUGGGCUUGGAGAGAAUCUUCUCACACACCUUCCUGAGGAAAUUGGUACACUGGAGAAUCUGGAAGAACUGUAUUUGAAUGACAACCCCAAUCUGCACAGCCUUCCCUUUGAGCUGGCUCUUUGCAGCAAACUGUCAAUAAUGAGUAUUGAGAACUGUCCGCUCAGCCACCUUCCACCUCAGAUUGUUGCAGGAGGACCCUCCUUCAUCAUUCAGUUCCUAAAAAUGCAGGGACCAUAUCGUGCCAUGGUCUGAUGCUAAUCGGAUUGUCCAAUACACUGUACAAAAUACAA